UUGAUUCGUGCGAGCGUAUAUACUUACGCUGCUUGAUAAAUCGGUUUCGCGAUUAGUGCUACACAAAUAAAGUUUAUUGAUAUUAUUGAUAUUACCUAAUUAUGGAGAAUGAAGAAGAAGAAAGUAGUGAUAAUAUGGAGAUAAUACGUACUUGUGAAAGUGAUUUGGAUAAAUCAUUAGAACCAACAAUAGUCAAAAAGUCAAUAUGUCAAGAAGUAAUCAAAGAAAAUGUAAAAAAAGCAGCUGAGAAGAGAAAAGAGAGAGGGAGUGAAAUAAGUGAUGAUGAUGACUUUAUUACUGUAAAUAGAAGGAGACCUAAACGAUUAAUUAGAAGCAUAUCAAUUGAAACACAAAAUGACAAGGAGGUAGACGGAGAAAAAUUAAAUGAUUUAAAUAACACCACUCAACCCGAAGUAUGUGUAACAUCUUUAGAAAACAUACCCAAACAGAUGGCAUUAGCUAAAUUAUUAAGAUCAGAAAACAUAACAAAUGUAACUAGAAUAAAAUAUAAAAGUUUUAAUAAAGUUAUUAUUCAAUUUAAAGAAAAAAAGGAUGCACUUAAGUUAUUGGAAUGUGAAAAAUUUAAAGAUAUGGGAUGUCGAUGUCAAUUAAUAGAUGAGUUGUCCCUAUCCUAUGGUGUGGUUAAAGGAGUAGAUCUGGAAUUACUUGAAAAUGAGCUAAGGAAUAUAUUUGAAAGUGAUACUGAGAUAAUAUCCGUAAAGAGAUUGCGACGUAUAGACUCGGAAGGUAAAUGGAUUGAAAGUGAAUCCGUGAGAAUCUGUUUUAAAAGCAAUCAUCUACCGAAUUAUAUAUAUGCCUAUGAUUGCCGACUUAAGGUUGAACCGUAUGUAUUUCCUGUUACACAAUGCUCUGGUUGUUGGAAAUUUGGUCACAUAAUAAAGUACUGUCCAACAAAAAAAAAGAUAUGUCCAAAAUGUGGGGGCAAUCAUGAUAAUUGUGAUACAACUAAAAUAUCAUGCCUUAAUUGUAAGGGAAACCACUUCGUAUUGGAUAAAAACUGUCCGUUUUUUGUAAAAGAAAAGAAUAUAAGAAAAAUUAUGAGCACUGAACAAGUCACAUAUAGAAAGGCCCUUCAGAUAUUAAUAGAACAGCAACAACAACAACGUAAUACUUGUUUACAUAAUAACUUGCGAACUUCAAUGGACACACACAUAGACAGUGACGCGCCGGCAACAUUUAGUAGUAUAUUAAAAAAAUCAGUGCAAAAUUAUGCAGUAAGACCUAAUAGUAAGAUCAUACAGAACAAAAGCAGAGACAAUCCAAUGCAAAAAAAAACAACUCAACAGCAAGAGAUACCUCAGGAAAUACUAUCUAUAAAUAAUAACAAUAACAACCAUGGCGAAAAAACCACUACAAAGAAAAAGCGGUAUAGGAAUGAGACAUUAAUGGAAGAAGAUAUCGAUAGUUAUGACUCACAAAAUGAAGAACAAAACUAUCAAAGAGAUGAACACUUACUAAACAAAUUUGAUUUUAAGAAAUUUAUAAUUAAGCUGAAUAGAAUAUUUGUGUCAGAUAAAUCAUUUGAAGAUAAAAUAUUAUCACUGUUUAAAAUUGUAUAUGAAGAAUUCAAGAAGAUUAUAAUAGGUUGUUUUAUGAAAGGAAACGUCCUUGAUAAAAUUAUUAACUUUAUUAAUGGAUAAUUCAAAUAAAUAUGUCAAGGU